CAUCUUACCGUUUCCAAGGCAACAUGUUUCCACAGCCGUGCAGUAUCUCGGUGGAGACAACGCCGUUCCUGAAGACUGGUAACCAAGGUUACCAGCCUGUGCGAGAGGAGCCGGUCAGCAUUGAGGACAGUAUAAGGAAGACCCUAACUAUCAGUGAUGAGGAACGGGAACGACUUGAGCUGUUUGUGAAGGAGAGAGGGGACGGUAACAUCACCUCAUAUGGGGAGAUCUAUUUCUCUGGAUUUGGGAACCUGACUCAAACCUCCCCCUUCGUGAGGGUGAAGCCGGACAUUGACCCCGCCGUCCUGUGGGAACUCAUGACGGACCACUGGCAUCUCAAGAAACCCAGCCUCAUCGUCUCCGUCGCAGGAGGGGCCAAGAAGUUUUUCCUUAAGGACAGGCUCAAGAACGUCUUCACAAGGAGUCUUAUGAAAGCGUCGCAAUCUACAGAUGCCUGGCUUCUAACAGGCGGAAUGGACUCCGGCAUCAUGAAGUGCGUGGGAGAAGCAGUCAGGGACCAGGUCAGCAACUUCGCCACCUCCCCAGUCGCCAUCGGCAUCGCUACCUGGGGGUCAGUAGACAACAGGCCAAGUUUACAGCGCACCGACAGGAAAGACGUCUUCCCGGCCAUCUACUCCUGCCAGAAACUGGAGUUUAAGAAGAACACGGCUCCUCUGGACCUGAACCACACCCACUUUAUCCUGGUGGACGACGGGACCGUGCAGGAGUUCAGCGAGGCUGACAUUGAGCUGCGGACUCGGCUAGAGGAGUACAUCAGCAGCACGAUGACUCUGGGCGACAUGAAAGAUGUGGGCGUCCCUGUGGUGGUGCUGGCAGUAGAGGGAGGCCCGCACACGCUGAAGAACGUGUCCGAGGCCGUGGCGAGGGAAAUCCCUGUCGUCGCCGCCGAGGGGAGCGGACGGGCAGCCGACAUCAUCGCCUACGCGUACAAGAGGAGGAAACGGAUCCGGGAAAAGGGAAAGAUAAGCAGAGACCUGUGGGACCGCAUCUCCAAGGCGUUUGAUGUUUUGAUCGAUGUGGAAACAUACGCAAACAUGAUCCUCAAAAUUGUCAAGAAGUGCUCCUUUGUGUCACUUUUCAAGCUCGAAGAAGGUGACGAAUUGGACAUGGACGAUGCGUUAUUGAGGGGUUUGUUGAAAGCCGAGAAGUCAGAUCCCGAGAACCAGCUGCAGCUGGCGCUAGCCUGGAACAGGAGCGAUGUGGCCCGUCAGGAGAUCUUCACGCCGAGGAGAAGGCCGAAAUGGCUGUCGAUUGAUAAGGACACGUACAUGGAGAGCGCGCUUCUACAGGACCGGGUGGAGUUUGUGCAGCUGCUGUUGGACAACGGGGUGGAACUCCUGCAGUUCUUGACAGUGGAGAGGCUAUACAAUCUGUAUAACCAAACCAUCGAGAAGGGCGGGGCGGACGGCGUUGCCAGGUUACUGCGGAGGCUUGUCCGUCGUGAGAAGCAGAAGAAAAAGUGGGAACUGCUUGGAGACAGGGACAGGGGCGACAAUCUGCUGCACAUGGUCGCCAGGGUGAUCUGUCAUAAACUUCUAGGCCAGCAGAUGGAAACAAUGUACAAGGGCAAGAGGUUCCUUGUCAGCCUUACCGGUUCUGUUCGAUAUCGUUUCCUGAGCGAUACGUCAACCCAGAGCGACAACGGAAACAAGGUGGACUUCCCCUCUCCUGAGACGGAUCUGUUCCUGUGGGCCGUCCUGACGAACAGGAGAGACAUGGCCAGACUGUUCUGGAGGAUGGGAUCUGAUCAUGUCGCUGCAGCGCUCUCAGCCAGUAAGAUGAUGAUGUCUCUGGCCUCCGAGGCUAAGACAGAGGAACAACUGGUGCUGGUGCAGGACCUAAUGGAUCACGCAAAGCAGCUGGAGGCCGACGCGCGCGGAGUGCUGGAGGAGUGCCACCGGAAGGACCGUAGCUUGACUCAUGACCUCCUGGUGCGGCGGCAGGACAGGUGGGGUGACGUCACGGCCAUGCGCAUUGCCGCCAGCUCGCAUCACAUGACCUUCAUGAGUCAUGACGCCUGUCAGACCAAGAUGAACCUCGUCUGGAAGGGCAGAAUGGCGUCCUUCACGCCGUGGUGGAAGGUGGGGCUGUCCAUGUUGUUCCUACCGGCCAUCUACCUGAUUACGUUUGUUGGCGAUGAUGACGAUGAUGAAAAACGCAACAGUAGCUCUGCACCAGACCGGGACAGUUUUGACAGACCGCUCUGCAAAGUCAGUCCCACCUGCACCUGCAAGGAAAAAAAGGGUUGCAUCGGGCUGCUCGAGGCCUUUUACUUCCAACAGACUGCACCGGUCACCAGGUUCAUUUACAAUGCGGUGUUCCAUGUGCUCUACCUGCUGAUGUUCAGCGUGUUCCUGCUGACGGAUCUCCGGCCCGGUGUGGUCAGCCCCUGGGAGUGGUUCCUGUUAGUAGUGAUGGGCAGUCUCAUGAUAGAGGAGCUCAGACAGGUUGCUACGGAGCACCCGCCCAACUGGUGGUACAAGAUACGCGCCUGGUACAGGAGCAACUGGAACCGGAUGGACUUAGUGCUGCUGCUGUCCUUCCUCUUCUCCUUCACCCUGCACGUCUCCAUGGGCGAGAGCAGUUUCGAGGCGGCCCGGACCGUGUACUCCAUCACCCUCAUCCUGAUGUUCUACCGACUGCUGCAGCUGUUUCACGUGCAGAAGGACGUGGGGCCCAAGAUUGUCAUGAUAAAAGGAAUGCUACAGGACCUUGUGAUCUUCAUGUUUAUCCUACUGGUGUUCAUCUUUGCAUACGGCGUGGCCAGGCUGUCCCUGAUGUCGCCCAACAGCUCCCCGGGCUGGAACCUGUUCGUCGACGCGGUGCGAAUCCCCUACUGGCAGAUGUACGGGGACCUCUUCACGGACGACGACGGAAACGUUUCUGGUCCGUGGUUCGUGUCGUUCCUCCAGGCUGUCUACAUGCUGGUAACCAACGUGCUGCUGCUCAACCUGCUCAUCGCCAUGUUCAACUAUACUUUCCAGAAGAUCCAGGACGAGUCGGAGCUCCACUGGAAGUACCAGCGGUACUUCCUGAUCGAGGAGUACGUCGGCAAACCCUGGGGACCGCCGCCCCUCAUCCUGCUGGGACACGUGUGGAGACUGGCCUGCUAUGUGUACAGUAAGGGCGGAUGUGCCCCGGACGCGCCCGAGGCAGAGUCCACGGAUUUCGACAAGGUUUUCGGUGCCGACAAGGUUCAGCGGCUGCGAGACUUUGAGAAGCAGGGCGCAGAGAACUACCUUCUGCAGGAACAGCGCGACCGGAAAAACGCCGAGGACGACAGGAAGAGGAAGGCCCAUCAGGAUGACAAGUUCCAGGAGCUGCUGUGGGGUUUGGAGGAGAUACGAGAAGACAUUGAGGAGCUGAGGAAGCAGCGUAACGCCGUCUCGCACGGCGCAAGCAGGAUUGAUCAUGAACAGCCCACUUACCCGAGGAGCCUAUCAUUGGAUGUACCUGACGGCCCUGUGGGAGAGUCAGACCUGUGUGUAGACGGAAGUGACGGCAGAAGUUAUGCCGGAAGUUACGUCACCGAUGAGGACAUGUCGUCAAUGGAUGAGGAUGAAAUGACUGAUAGUACUGAGCCGGAGUCAGAGGCAGACAACGAGCCGCCAGCAGAGUUGAGGCCACGUGCGCCACAACCCCGCACGUUCAUGAGGAUGUCAUCCCGAGAGUCCAGCGUGUGACGACAUCUUCAACAACAAAAAACUGUACCGCACAUAUUGGAAUAAUUUCAACGAAAGUCAAGUAGAUUAUUGCAGAGCGCCUGUUUUUGGUUAAGGGCAUGUUGCUCAAAUUGGCGAAAGAAGAUCAGACAUGCUUUCGCAGAAACUGGCAACAUGCGGCAUAAUUUUAAGUGGGGAUGGGGAAAGGGGUAGAUGAAGUAACAGCACAGGAUAACAUUCUUUAGUCAAAACGAUGCUUUUCAUGAUAAAUUUGUAGCAUGCAUCGCAGACGUAGUUGUGUUAAUUCAAGGUACCUUUUAAGACGAAAUUCUGACGUGGAUGACGAUGGGUAGCCCACCA